CCGGGUCGACAACAAUGUACAAAAUCUUUGCUUCAUGUACUAUUAAUUUUCUGUUCUGAUGUAAUUCACGGUUCAUGGCGCGGGUGCUGAAGCAUGUCACGGAUUUUACUCGCGCACGGCACAGGUGCUUUCCCAUUUCCGUCAGCUCAUGAUGGCAUUGGCUACAUUCGUUCUACCAUCGAAAGGAUCUUCCGGCUAGACUUUAAUCAACUUGGGUCACUCGUUGCAAUUGCUGGGAUAAUACCGGCCGCCACCCGAUACGCCCACCUGGCAUGGCGAGAAGCUUCUACGUGGAUUAAGCACUUCUUCAUUGCCAGCGUCUCUAUUCCGGCACACGACCCGGUGAACAGGAGUGUGAGCACAUGGCUUCAUGAGAACAUCAUUGAGCCACGUCGAUUGAGAUUCCACACUGCACGCACACAACUUGGACGGAGUGCGGACCCCGGUGCCGCUUUGAAGAAAUCGCAACCAGUUCAGUACCUGCCUCAGUGGCAACAUAUCUGGUUCAGACAUGGUGGCCGGCUCUUUUCAGUCACGCGAGCGCUCGAUAACUUCUCGUCCUCAGCACGAGAUUCUACCUACGAUGGCUUUGGUGGCGAGGAACUUGUAAUCAGCUGCUUGGGCCUCUCUUCAGAUCCGGUCAAGCACUUUAUCGAAGCGUGUCGGCAGGCAGCAGACCAGAAUGCUCAACUAUAUGUCAUCAUAUACAGCCGAGAUCGCUACUGUAUAUCGUGGAAGCCUAGGUUACGGCGCCCCUUACGACGGCUGGAUACUGUUCAUUUUGAUGAUUUGUUGAAGUCGGCUCUGAUCACGGACAUUCGAACGUACCUGGACCCUCGAACGCAAAAGCUGUACCAGAGCCGAAGCAUGCCAUACCGGCGGGGCUAUCUAUUCCAUGGACCACCUGGAUCAGGCAAAUCGUCUUUGUCUACAGCCAUAGCUGGCGAAUUCGGGCUGGAUCUGUACGAGGUCAAGAUCCCGAGCACACCGAGUGACGGGGACUUGGAGCAGAUGUUUUCGGAAGUGCCGCCAAGGUGCAUUGUACUUCUGGAGGAUAUCGAUGCUGUCUGGACAGGACGUGAUCGGCAGCUAUCUGACAGUGACGACGACUGCAGCACCGCAUCCAACGUUACACUGUCUGGAUUGCUCAAUGUCCUCGAUGGCGUUGGAUCUCAGGAAGGCCGAAUCGUAAUUAUGACAACCAACAGAAUCGAUGAACUGGAUCCUGCCUUGACCAGGCCUGGUCGCGUGGACUUCAAGGUAUAUCUGGGGCAUAUCUCGCAAUCAUCGGCAGAGGCCAUGUUCAUACGGAUGUUUGCGCCAGAGUUACUUCAGUGGGCGCGCAAGUCAUCCGAGAGCCCGGAAACAUUGGACGAGCACAUAUCGCUGGAGCAGAUAAAAAUGCUCGCAGCAAAUUUCGCGAGACACAUUCCCGAGAACACUUUCACCCCAUCGCAGUUGCAGGGUUUCUUCCAACUGCAUCUGAAUAGCGCAGUGCGGGCAGCUGCGAGUAUUGCGGACUGGGUGAAGCAGCAUCAGAAGCAUGAGAAGGAUGGAAUGCGAACUUUUUGACAAUAUGGAUUUGUCGUUUGAACGAAUCUGGUGUAAAAUUAGACAUGAAUUGUAUAUCACGCAGCAUUGUAGGGGCAAGAGCCUGGCCAUAACGGGGAAGUCGCAAUGCAGCGUCUCCCAAGUAACACCAUAGCACCAGCUCUUAAUGUCGUCGCUGGGACUAUGUUUCAGCUUUCCAGAAUCUGGCAAUUGCGGCGGCGCACUGCUCUCAGCACGGCAGCGCCUUCCUCGCACAUCUACGAGAACAACAUCGAUUCCUCGAUUUCGUGUCCUCCUCGUGCUCAGAG